AUGCGCCGCGCCUGCGCGCUGCCGCGGCGCGGGCGGGGUUUGCGCCGGCGCGCAGGCGCGGCGCAUGCGCGGGGCGGGCGGCGCGCGGCGCGCGGGGGGGCGCGGCUGAGGGGCGGCGGCGGCGCAGGCGCGGCUGAGGCGGCGGCGGCGGCGGGAGCGGGACGGGCCCGGCGAUCGCUGCGCGCUCCGGCCGCCCCCUCCCCGCGCCAGCGGCGGCGGCCCCGCCUCGCGCUCUCGCUCUCUUCUCCCCUUCUCCCCCCCCCCUCCUCCCGUCCCUUCUCCGCCCCCUUCCUUCCGCCCCUGCCCUCCCGCAGUCCCCGCCCCGCGGCCUCGGGGCCCGGCCCGGCCUCGCGCUCCGGCCUCGGCGCCGCCGCCUCAGCGCGCCCGCGCUUCCGCUUCCCUUCCCCCCCCGCCCCGCGCCCCUUCCCCCCCUCCCUCCCCUCACACCGGCCCCGCCAUGGACGUGAAGCGGCUGAAGGUGACCGAGCUGCGCGCCGAGCUGGGCCGGCGCGGCCUGGACGCCCGCGGGCUGAAGGUGGAGCUGGCGCAGCGGCUGCAGGAGGCCCUGGACGCCGAGAUGUUGGCGGCGGGGCCCGAGGAAGGCGGCGGCGGCGGCGGCGGGGGAGGCCCGGCCGCGGCGGCCGCGAGCUGCGCGGGGGAAGCGGGGCCGGCGGGAGCCCCGGGCGGGCGGCCCCACGGCGGGGAGGAGGAGGAGGAGGAGGAGGAGGAAGAGGAGGAGAGGAGGAAGAGGAGGAGGAGGAGGACGAGGAAGCGCUGCUGGCGGAUGAGGACGAAGCGGCCGCCGCGGCCCCCGAGGCGGCCCCGGCCCAGCCCGGCCCCCCCGGGGAGGAGGAGGAGGAGGAGGAGGAGGAAGAGGAGGCGGCCCCGGCCGAGCCCGCGGCGCCGGAGCCGCUGCAGCCGCCGCAGGACGAGGGAGCGGCGGCCGCGGCCGAGCCUGAAGCGGCCGAGGGAGGAACCGGCGGCGGCGUGAACGGGGCCGAGCGGCCGCCGGAGGAGGCGCCCAGCGGGGAUGAAGCGGCCGCGGCCGAGAGCAAGGAGGAGGAGGCGGCGGCGGGGGAGGAGGAGGACAAGGCCAAGGCCCCCGAGGAGCGGCGGGGGCUGAAGCGGCUGCGGGACGAGAAGGACGAGCACGGGAGAGCGUUCCACGAGUUCCGCGAGGAGGCCUACACCAGCAGCUGCACACCUGUGCAACACCUGCCCCAGCUGUUCCCAGGUGUGUCCCUGCCCCACCCAGCUGUUCCCAGGUGUGUCCCAGCUGUCCCCAGGUGUAUCCAGGUGUCCCCAGCUGUUCCCAGCUGUAUCCAGGUGUGUCCCCCCCAGGUGCUGCUCUACGGGCAGCUGUCCCCAGGUGUUCCCAGGUGUAUCCAGCCCCACCCAGGUGUGUCCCCCCAGGUGCUGCUGUACGGGCAGCUGUACCGGAUCUCCCUGGAGCUGGAGCUGCCGGAGUCUCCGGUCAAUCGGGACCUGGGGAUGUUCAUGGUGACCCUCACGUGCUACGGGCACGGCGGCAAAACGCUGGCGAGGGCGGCGCGAUCGGCCAUGCUGCACUACCGCUCCCGCCUGCUGCGCGCGCUGCACACCGCGACCUUCGCCGCGCUCUUCCUCAGCGGCUUCGCCGAGCAGAGCCAGACCCUGGAGCUGGAGCUGAUGGGGCGCUACCGGGAGGACCCCUACACGCCGACCGUGGGGGCGCUGGUGGAGAUCCACAGCCGGCGGGUGCAGCUCUACGGGGCGCGGCUGCGCGUGCACGCGCACUUCAGCGGCCUCAGGUACCUGCUGUACCACUUCCCGCUGACCUCGGCCGUGCUGGGCGUGGCCGGGAACUGGACGCUGCUGGCGCUGCUGACCCUGGGGGGGUACCUGCAGUGGGGGAGGGGCCCCCGCCGGCCCCGCCCCGCCCAGGAGACCCGGAGCCAGGGAGGAGCCGCCGGGGAGGGGGAGGGGACAGAUGUUUCAGCCUCCCCCCAAAAUUCGGAGCAGCCCGAAAUCGUGGGAGCCUCGGAGCCCAGCGAAGACCCCGCCCUGCUCAGCGCCGCCAACGCCCCCCCCAAGGAGGGGGAGGGGCAGGACAAGGAGGAGGAGGAGGGGGAGGGGGAGGAGGAAGAGGGGGUCACCCCCACGCCCCUCCCCCCACUCCUGGACGCCCCCUCCCCCCGCCAGCGCCACCUCUGCUCCAGCUCCUGAUCCCCUCCCCCAAAUUUUGGGGGAUCACAAGAAAGGCCUUGACCCCUCCCCCACCUCCCCCCAAUUUUUGGGGGAUCUCAAUAAAGGCUUUGGCCCCUCCCUCACCUCCCCAAAA